GCUCAGCCACACCCUCGCGCGCAGCCACUUCCGCCGCCGCCACCGGAAGCGCCGCUCGCCGCCUCCGCCAUGGCCUCAAGGUUACUGCGGGUGAGCGCGGCCCUGCGGCUUCUGCCCGCGGCCUCGGCCCGCAGCGCGCCCGCCCGCGGCCUCGCCGUGCCCGGCGACCUGGCCAGCGAUGAGGAGCAGGCGACGGGGUUGGAGCGGAAGGUGAUGGAGGCCAUGAACAAGGGCCUGGACCCCUACAGCAUGUUCCGGCCCAAGCGCUACGCGGGGACCAAGGAGGACCCCAACCUCGUCCCCUCCAUCACCAACAAGCGCAUCGUGGGCUGCGUCUGUGAAGAGGACAACAGCUACGUCGUCUGGUUCUGGCUGCACAAGGGGGAGGCCCAGCGCUGCCCCUCCUGCGGCGCCCACUACAAGCUCAUCCCCCACGAGCUGCCCCACUGAGCCCCCCAGAUUGGGGGGGAAGAGGGAGCGGGGGGCAGGGUCAUACUGACACCCCCCCUCCUCCAGCACCCACUGGGGGUCCCAGGGUCACACCGAACCCCCCAGCACCCACUGGGCAUUUUUUGGGCUGAGCGGAGCUGCCCCCCCCUCGCCCUGCUGUGUGUCCCCCCCCUCAUAAAGAGUUUGUGUGGA